UGUCUAUAUAUAAAUCUAGUUGCUGCAGCUUCACUAACAAAUCUUUGAGAUACAUAGAAAACCAGCCACAAUCAAAGAGGACACCUUUGGUCAUCAACGACUAUGUCUUUCAACGUAACAUCCAUUAAAACCUCCUCAGAUGGAGCAUGGCAAGGUGAAAACCCACUGAACAAUGCAUUCCCCUUGCUAAUCAUUCAAACCGUCUUGAUCCUCCUCAUCAGCCGCUUCAUUGCUUUCUUCCUCAAGCCACUCCGUCAACCUAAAGUCGUCGCCGAGAUAGUAGGUGGAAUUGUGCUUGGACCAUCAGCUCUUGGCCGGAACAAAGAGUUCAUGCAGAUGAUUUUCCCAUCAUGGAGCACACCAGUUCUUGAAUCAGUAGCAAGCAUAGGCCUUCUGUUCUUUCUCUUUCUUGUAGGUCUUGAACUCGACUUAAGCUCUAUCCACCGGAGUGGCAAGAGAGCAUUCGGCAUAGCAGUCGCCGGAAUUUCCCUGCCUUUUCUCUUCGGAGCUGCCAUCACCUUCCUCCUCCGAAAAGCCAUUGAUGGAGCGGACAGAGUUGGCUACGGCCAGUGCCUCAUGUUCAUGGGAGUUUCUCUCUCCAUCACAGCUUUUCCGGUCCUUGCGCGCAUUCUAGCUGAACUCAAACUACUCACAACCCAAAUAGGAGAGACCGCCAUGGUCGCAGCCGCCUUCAAUGACGUCGCCGCCUGGAUCUUGCUGGCCAUAGCCAUAGCCAUAGCUGGUG